UGAAAUAAACGAAAUGACAGUUGAGGUUAUGUCGCAGCAUUGUCAGCAUACGAUUUUUAUUAUUAGUGUUUAAAUCAACAAUAUUUUGCCAAGUGAACGCUUUCGACGGUUAGAAUGGGUGGCAAACACAAACAAGCCCAAAGAAUCAAAAACAAUGCCAGGCCUUCCAGCAGUGGUCGCAGCGCCGAAUUGCUCGCGUCCUCCUCGCAAGCCCCUCAGUUUGCCGCAGUCAAGGAAAUUCGGUUUGUGCCCCCAACCCUGUCUUUGUUGAAAACGGAGGAAUUUGACUCCUCGGUGUCGCCAGCUUUUCAGAUCGUUUUCAAGAAAAUGAACAAAAAGGAUUGCACGACUAAAUUAAAGGCUUUGCAGGAAUUUUGCGACCUUAUCGCCAGCUCUGAGACAGAAGCUGUUAAGACGAUUUUGGCGUUUUGGGCCACGUUGUAUAGUAUUUUGGCCACGGAUACGGAUCAUAGGGUUAGAGAGGCGGUUCAUAAUGCCCACCACCAGAUUAUUUUGAAAGAUAAGAAAAUGAUAGCCCCGUUUUUGAAACAAUUGAUAGGACCCUGGUUUACGUCGCAAUAUGAUAAUUACCCACCUGCAGCUUCGGCCGCAACUAAGGCCUUUAGCGCUGCAUUUCCACAAAAUAAAGUCCAAGAUUGUGUCAUAUUUUGCCAAAAAGAAAUCUUGACUUACAUUUAUGAUAAUUUAACUUCGAAAAUUGAAACCAAUCCAAAACAUGGCACAAAUGAGGAUGCUGAAGCGAAAUUUGAGAGGAUUAUAAUUUCGAGUCUUCAAGGCUACUCUUUGUAUUUAAACACUCUAACUCAGGAGCAGAUUGAGAAAAGCACAGAACUCAACAAGCAAAUUAUAAGUAAUUCAAGGUUUCUUAAGUUGGCAGCACACAAAACGGCCCAAAUUCGGGCUACUUGGUUCAAAGUCGUUUCAAUUUUGUAUCAAAAGGCCCCAUUUUUGCUAGAAGAGGAACAUAAAAAUGUUGUUCCGGUUGUUUUCAACAACUUAGAUGAGAGCGAACCUGCUGUUGUGGGUUUUGUAUGGGAUGCCUCGUUGCUUAUUAUGGAUUUAGGACAAGAAUGGUGGAAGCCUAUCAAUGUUGAAAAAAGUUAUUUAUCAAGACUGAAAAAAGUACUAAGGGAAGGGGGACAAGGCAAUGCGACUGUUAUCUACCCUAAUUUACUGUCACUUUUGCAUAAGUUGCCCCCAUCUGUACGUGUGGACCAAUUUUAUGACAGUUUUUUCGAAAAUUUAAGAUGCGGAUUGAAACGAAAAAGUGUGAUAAGUAGUCGAUCCGAAUCAGCGGCUGUGGUCGCAGCUCUAGUUGAAUGUUUACAAUACGUGAUAUUAAUUAAUCAAGAUAAUUUCGAUCUUUGCGUGAAACUCAUAAAAUCCCAUUUGUUGCCUUUAAUUGAGUGGAGUUUGAGGGCGGAACAAGUCUGUUAUCGCACUGUGUUCCACCAAGUCGCUCUUCUGGUGCAGUACUGGAACAGGAAUAAAAAUUUGGCGAAUUAUCCAGAAUAUUUGGGUCUAUUCUGGAGCAAUGUUAUUGAAUCCUUAUCAAAAUUUGAGGAGGAAAAUGAGGAUUUGAUCGACAGACCGGUUGUAUUCUUGCAACAUUUGAAGACAAUUGCCAAGCCGAAAGAACAACUGAAAGUGAAGUUUGAAGCAGAGGCGCGAAGUGAGUCGCACUUAGAGGGCGCCACCCAAAUCGAUGCUUCCUACAAAGAAAAUUUGACUUCAUUGGUUUAUACGCUACUUAAUUCCUAUGUUGCACAAAUUGAGGGCAAAAAAUCGAAAAUUUUGAUCCCGAAUGUUUACUCUCUGGUUCGUAUGUUCGAAAGUCGAGAAUUUCUCAUUGGUUUGAGCAAAAAACUGAAUGAGUUGGACAAUUUGAUGUCUGUUUAUGAUAAAUUGUUUGCGUGGUUGAAGUCGGAUGAAUUGUCUUGUGAGACUCUAGUCGACUUGGCUUUCAUUCUCUUGAGUUAUGUCACCGAUGAUGAGAAAAAUGUCAUUUUGGCGUCUUUUUUGCAACUGUCCGAUCGUCAAUUGGCUUGGUGUGUCAAAAAUGCGUUUUCGCACCCUUACAACCAAGACCGGAGUGUCCAAAAUUGGAUAAAACGGCCGGAAAUUGGACACUUUUUGGUGUCAGUCGCUGAUUGUAACUUAAAAAUUGAUUGUCCGCCACAUUUGAAGACUUUAUUCAAGUUGGCAUUGGCCGAAAAUGAGGAUGGAGAAUUACUAAUCGAUAAAAAUACUUUAAAUCAAAUAAUUGAGAAAAUCAAAGCUCCACUUCUUGAACCUCGAAGUUUUGAGUUCGCGAUUGAUUCUUGCGUCCAUCUAGCGUCCUACAUUACCGGCAUUAUCUACACCGAAAAUAGUCUUUUGAAAUGCGGGGAAGAGUUGCUAUUGGCCCUUUUCCAGUUUUCUUGUAACGACCACACAGAUUUGGAGUUUCUAAGUGAUGAUACGGAAUGGGAGGUCAACACAGCGUGGCAAGAUGUCAUAACCACCUUUUCGAAAAAUUUACCCAAAGACGAAUUACGGGAUUUAAUCGGAAAAUUUGCCAAUUUGGUCGAAGAAAAUUUCUUGGGGAAAUUUCCAACAGACAGAAAUACGAAUUGUUUAAUAGAAACUAUAGUUAGUUUUAUCAAGGCGGUGCAGAACGGUCAACCGUUUAUGGUGACUGAAGUGUUCCGUUUGUUUUUUGAACGAUCAUUUGUACCAACUUGGAAAAAUAAAAUCGAGGAUUUGUGCCUCCAAGCUGAAUAUUUAACUGGGAGUUUAAGUAGGCCUGAGAGCUACAAGAAAGAUACUUCCGAAGUGAGCGAGGAAGAAAUUUGCAAAUAUUUUGUCUGGAGUUUUAUCAAAAUAUCACUUUUGUCAUCACCGUUGGAAGAUAAUCAAAGCGAUGACGAAGAAAAUGUAACGGCCACAAAAGACAUAAUUUAUGUAAUUGAUGACCAUAAAAAAAUAAUUAUGGACGUCCUGUAUGAUCUCGCCAUGUGUCAGUCGUUUCUUGUAAACUACAAAAUUACGAAAUAUUACAAAAACUUAACACAGUUUUACGACUUUAUCAAAGAGAAAACCACACAAACUCUGGAGAAAUUGCAAGUUUGUGACGAAAUCGUCGAGUUAUUUGUAACGCAACUAGACUCAAAUUCGGGUCUUUGGUCUAAAGUCGUUUAUUUGUACCAUCAAGAAAUCUUCGACAAGCCACCUCAAGAAACCUUCAAAUUUUACUUCAAACAAACCUCAAGUGACUUAAGCCAACUCCAUUUGGCUCAACUCUACGGCCCACAUCUGGAUUUCGACCAUAUCAAUUUCACAUCAUCAGUACUCAGUGACGUCAUAAUCCUCCGAAGUCUAGCCCAUUGUGACGAAAUCGAUGUCCAAAUAGCUGAAGUUUUUGAAAAAAUCAAGAAAUUACGAAAUCGGGACAUCCCCAAGUUUCUCUUUGAAAACAAAGAGAGGACUUGUGGCGACUCUGAAACUGUAAUAGAAGUAAUUCGCUUAUUCACUAAACUGAUUGAAGUGAAAUUCGAGAAUUUGAGUCGGCAACAUUGGGAUUUCGGUGUCAUUUCUUUAGCUUCCUGGGCUUCGAAUUGUUACAAACUUCGCAGUGGUUACGACAAUGAGCAAAAUCAAGCGUUCAUGGCUACAGUUUCGGAAUUUUUCAUCGUUCUCAAUGAAAAAAUCACCGAAUUAAAAAGGAAUAACGUCAAGAGUGGAUUUGUGGACGAGUGGGAGGAACUGUUCUUACCAAACAUUCACCUAGAUUUGGUACAAUUAUGGCUGUAUUUGUCCGAACAAUUCGCUUCAAAAGCGUCGUGUCCACUGGAUUACCACCCCUUCUUACAACAAUUCGGCAAAGUUACCCAUAAUUUCGUUUAUAAGUUGAUUUUCAGUAAAGAAAAUACGUUACCGAGUUGGUCAAAAAUUCUCAAACGAUGCGCAGCUCUACUUACAAACUCGGUGUCAAUUUUACAACUUUGGGGCUACAAAAUGUUGCUAAUUCUAGUACCUGGACUUAUCGAAAUUGAUUUACAGUCGGAUAGUAGUACUACACCCAAUACCAAAGGAUUUACGAUAGGGCAAUUCAAAGAAAUUUUACUUCAAACACAUACUAUUGUAGAUGGCGUUCUUGCAAGUUUUAAGUUGGGCGAGGACAGCUGCCAAGUUACUCCAUUUACAGAUUCCUACACUUACGUUUAUGCUUAUUUACUGCUGUGGGGGGUUUUACUUAAUAUGUGUGAAAAAUCAACACCUGAGUUGAGGUACCAAUACGCUGAUUGGUUCAGAAAUGAUGAUUAUUUCAAAUCGCUUUUGAAUAACUUAUUUAAGUUAAUGCCGACUGAAAUUUUGCACUAUAGCGAGGGCAAAGCUAAAGCUUUUAGUAAGCUUUUCUCCCAAAAUCCGAGUCUUAGUUUUAAAGAACCUUGUACUAGCGAACAACUCGAACACGUUGUGUGUUGGAUUUAUUCAUUCUGUUUGGCCCAACUACCGGCUUUGGUGCGUCAGUGGUGGUCACAAACUGAAACAAAAGUGACUCAAAUAGUCGAAAAGGUGACAGCUUUUUACGUUUCACCACAAUUGUGUAGCCAGGAAUUGCUCGAUAUAACCCAACAUGAAAACAACUUCAAGAAUAUGACGGUUAAAAUUGUGCCUUCUGUUCGUGAAGUGAUUGCGAUUUAUACCGUCGACGAGGCCCAGAUGGAGCUAGUGAUAACUUUACCUCAAAAUUACCCCUUGGGUGACCCUGAUGUGAGGUGCAACAGACAAAUCGGUGGGCCUUUGCACAAACAGUGGCUCAUGCAAUUGAAAAAAUACCUAGUGCACCAAAACGGCCGAAUUUGGGAUGGCCUCUCACUGUGGAACAGCAAUCUUGAUAAGAAAUUCGAUGGAGUUGAGGAGUGUUACAUUUGUUUUGCUGUCUUGCAUCCAGGGACCUACCAAUUACCGAAACUGUCUUGUCAGACUUGUAGAAAGAAAUUUCACUCGGCGUGUCUUUACAAGUGGUUCAGUACAAGCAAUGUAAGUUCGUGUCCUAUUUGCAGAAAUUUGUUCUAGUUUAACAAUGUCAUAAAUUAUAAUUAUGUUGUAAAUAGAUUUAAAUAAAAGUUUUGUUAUUUGUG